CUCUUUCCUUUAUUACGGUAGCCUGUUGGCCCCACCCCGCCUCUGCCUGCUCGCUGAUUGGUCAGUCGCGGUCAGCUGACAAAGGAGCAGCGGAAGAGGAGCCGAGAGCAGCAGAGAGGAGGAUCCGCCCGCCGUCAGAAUGCAGAGCACCACCAACUACCUGUGGCUGAUCUCCGACCUCCUGGGUCAGGGCGCCACGGCCAACGUCUACCGAGGACGACACAAGAAAACGGGCGACCUGUACGCCGUCAAGGUGUUCAACAACCUGAGCUUCCUGCGGCCGCUCGACGUCCAGAUGAGAGAGUUUGAGGUUCUGAAGAAGCUGAACCACAAGAACAUCGUGAAGCUGUUCGCCGUGGAAGAAGAGACCAACGCCCGGCACAAGGUCCUGGUGAUGGAGUACUGCCCCUGCGGCAGCCUCUACACCGUCCUGGAGGAGUCCACCAAUGCCUACGGCCUCCCCGAGGACGAAUUCCUCAUCGUCCUCCACGACGUCGUGGCAGGCAUGAACCACCUGAGGGAGUACGGCAUCGUUCACCGCGACAUCAAGCCGGGAAACAUCAUGAGGGUGAUCGGAGAGGACGGGCGCUCGGUUUACAAGCUGACGGACUUCGGUGCCGCCCGCGAGUUGGAAGACGACGAGCAGUUCCAGUCUCUGUAUGGCACCGAAGAAUACCUGCACCCCGACAUGUAUGAGCGCGCCGUCCUGCGGAAGGACCAUCAGAAGAAGUACGGCGCCACGGUGGACCUGUGGAGCAUCGGCGUGACGUUCUACCACGCCGCCACCGGCAGCCUCCCGUUCCGACCGUUCGAAGGACCACGUAGGAACAAGGAAGUGAUGUAUAAGAUCAUCACAGAGAAACCGUCAGGAACCAUCUCUGGCCACCAGAAGAGCGAGAACGGGAAGAUCGAGUGGAGCACCGAGAUGCCGGUGUCCUGCAGCCUGUCCAAGGGCCUCCAGAGCCUCCUGACCCCGGUUCUGGCCAACAUCCUGGAGGCGGAUCAGGAGAAGUGUUGGGGUUUCGACCAGUUCUUCGCUGAGACCAACGACAUCCUGCACCGCGCCGUGGUGUACGCCUUCAGUCUGCAGCAGGCCACGCUACACCACAUCUACAUCCACGAGUACAACACGGCGGCGCUGUUCCAGGACCUGCUGUGCCGCAGGACCAGCAUUCCACUGCACAACCAGGAGCUUCUGUACGAGGGCCGGCGCCUCGUCCUGGAACCCAACCGCCAGGCCAAGACGUUCCCCAAGACCUCCAGGGACAACCCCAUCAUGGUGGUGAGCCGUGAGGUCGUCGCCACCGUCGGCCUCAUCUUCGAAGACCCGAGUCCACCAAAGAUCCAGCCGCGCUACGACCUGGACCUGGACGCCAGCUACGCUAAGACUUUUGCUGGAGAUGUGGGCCACCUGUGGAAAACCUCCGAGUCUCUGCUGGUUUAUCAGGAGCUGGUGAGGAAAGGAGUCAGGGGACUGAUAGAGCUGAUGAGGGAAGACUACAAUGAAAUUCUGCACAAGAAGUCUGAGGUUUUCCGCCUGUGCAGCAUCUGCGCGGAGCAUCUGGAGAAGGCAAAACACCUGUUGGAGGCUCUGUUGCAGACUAACCUGCUGACCUCGGAGUACGAAGACAUGGCAGACCUGCACAAGAAGGCCCUCAAGAUCUCGGGUUCUCUGGAUCCCAUCGAGAGAACAACGCAGGACAUCAAGAGCAAGUUCCUGCCUCUAGCGAUUCUGACCGACACCUGGACCCUGCAGGUCGGGACGCACCCCGAGGACAGGAACGUUGAGAAAAUCAAGGUCCUGCUGGAUGCCAUCACUGCCAUCUACCAGCAAUUCAAGAAGGACAAAGCAGAACGACGUCUUCCAUACAAUGAGGAGCAGAUCCACAAGUUUGAUAAGCAGAAGUUGGUGAUCCAUGCUGGCAAAGCUCGCUCUCUGUUCACUGACGAGUGCGCCAUGAAGUACCGACUCUUCAUAUCCAAGAGCGAGGAGUGGAUGAGGAAGGUCCACCAUAUUCGGAAGCAGCUGCUCGGUUUGACCGGUCAGCUGAUCGGUGUGGAGAAGGAGGUGACCAUGCUGCUGGACCGGGCCGUCAAGCUGCAGGAACAGCUUCCCCAGAAGAUUGUGGUUCCGAAUGCGAUGAAGGCCCAGGAGUACCUCAGCCCCAACACGUUGGUGGAGAUGACGCUGGGGAUGAAGAAGCUGAAGGAGGAGAUGGAGGGAGUUAUGAAGGAGCUGGCGGAGAACAACCACUUCCUGGAGAGGUUUGGGUCUCUGACCCUGGACGGAGGGCUGAGAGGCUGACCCGGUCCUCGGCGCCGUGUACAUACGCUCUGUAAAUACUGUCUGACUCUGACGGGUCCCUGGACCCGACCUGCUGGGGAACCAUACAUCAGAACCGCUCUGUUUUACCCAGAACCUUCCAUCACGUUAAUGACUCCAUUUCUCCGAAACACAGAGCCGGGCCAGAACUUCCAGCAGAACCUCCCGUUGCACACCGAGGGCCGGAUCUUUAGCUGAAUUCUUGUUCAAAAAUAAGACGGAACAACGUUUGAGUCGUGGUGUUUUCCUUUGAAUGCUGUCAGACACAUCACAUCAAUAUAAUCUGCAUCACAGCAUUAUGCUGCCAUAACCUGAUGGGAUUAUUACUGAGAUCCUGCAGCUCAGAGUUGGCAUUACUGGAGGAUAUUACUCAUCUAGUUUUUAUUAUUUCUAUUUUAUUUUUAAUGUUCUAAAUAUGUUGACAAUGUUUCAUUAUCACAGUGACAGCAGACCCCAAACUGCUAAAUACAGACACAGAAACAGCAGCAGUCUGGUUCAGGUUUAAUAAAGCUCCAGCUCAUAAAUCGA